AUGAGCACGAACCGUUCGAUUCGUGACGGGUCGCCGAACGUUGCUAACGACCAUCCCGGAGACACGGAACGGAGGAAGAGUCCCAUCUCGACCCCUGCGGCUUCACCGUGUCACGACGAAACCGACGACGCUCCCGUGGCAACGCUAGAUACCGCUCCAGAAUUUGACGGCGGCACGAAUGAGAGUUGGAUGUCUCCCGUUUUGGAAACACCCAGAGCUCGAGCGUACUCUUCGGAAGAACGAGGUGCAAUAUCCGCGUCGGUGGGACGGCCUCCCCUCAUCGUCACGACUUUGGCCGACACGGACAACACGAGCGUCACCGAGGGCACCGCACCCGUGUCUCCCGCGACGUCGACUAUUCCCGUGCACCGACGUGUCGACAGCAGCGACGCCAAUUCUCUGCCUUCGCUGUCCGGACCCAUACAACCGGCCCAUCCCUUCUUCAGUCCAUCCUUUUUCGAAGAAUCCGACGCCAGCGAUGGUAGUAUUGUGUUUCAACCACCAACGCCGCAACGCGAUACUUCCAACCCAGAUUCUUUGCGAUUCACUGGUCCGCAACAUGUUCGGCGGGACAGCCGUGGACGGGAUGGGAGGGAUCGCUUUCCUAGUUUCGAUAGUCUCGGGAGUUCCGGAUCCAUUCGCAUCGUUCCUCCCAGUAAUAGUAGUCAAAUCAUGCGAGGAAAAGAAAAGUUCUCCGCAUCGUCAAACUCCUUACCCGCAAAUCCAGCUCCGGUGAUACCCAGCCUGCCGACUAUUGGACAACUGCCGUACCACGAACGACGAAAACUCAUGGCACAACGUGCCAAAGAUCAGCAACAACAACUACAGCUGCAACAACAACAACUACAGCUGCAACAACAUCGCCCGCAUAUACCUCCGAAUUUAGCACCCAUGCCGCUGCCGGCUCCGACUUUGCAGCAUCUUCCACACCAGCAGCAGCACCAGAAUCUUCCUCAGAUUACACCACACACCAAAGAGGUUGCUUCUCCGUAUGGACAAAAUGUAUCGUUUCCUCCCCAUCAACCUCAGCAUCCACUACCGCAGGCUCAUCCUCACCACUAUAUUCAAAACUUGCCAUCGGGCUACGCACCGCAUGCCGGAAUACCGUUGAGAGCAUCGCAUGGGCCACCACCGCCGCCCCUUUAUGCUUACCCAGUACCUCAAGUACCGCUAGGCCCGUAUCCACCGCCACCUCUUCAGCAGUACUACGGGCACCUUCCACCACCACCAUCGCAGCAGCAGCAACUGCAAUCACUCUGGACACGAAACAACCCUCUCCAAACCGCGGACAAGGUAGCAUCGGAUCCUCGUCAGCAGCAACAUUUAUACCGAACGUCCGGCAAUCACCAUCAAAUACCUCUUCCCCCACGUGGAGGAAGUCAUUCGCGGAACAAUUCGUCGACAAUUGGACUGUCUUCGAAUAUGUCCUCAUCGGAUGGCGAUGUGGAACGGAAGCCGUCGGCACGAGUGCGUCCCGAAAUUGCCCCAGCCCAGCCUCCAUUACCACCCCCUCCCCCUCCACCUGGUUUGCCGCCAAAUUACGCUCAUAUGCGAACGGACAGCUCCGGAAGUCUCUCGUCCUUAGGUAGUUUCGACCGACCAGCGAAGAUAGAACCACGAAAAGCUAGUUUCUUGGAAAAACUCAAUCCGUGGUCACCGAAAGUACCAAACGUAAACGAUUAUCAUCGUAAAAAUCAGCAGUUUUUGCGGCGGGCAAGUGUAGAACGCGGAAAACUUUGGAGUACGAGCCCACAAACACCAGCUGGACGACGAAAACCAUCAGUUUCCACCGAAGGACCACCGCCCACACGCGGAUCACACAAGCGGUUAAACUCCAUAGAUGGUGACGACUGGGAGGAGAGACCUGAAUCUCUUGAUACCGUGCCCUACGGCAGCAAGCAGAAUUCGGCCGAUCCAAGUGACCAACUAACAGUGAGUUCCGACGUCAAUUCCAGUGAGGACAAUGAUGUAGAUUCUCUGGACUCGCCACAGUUUUACGGGCAUGGUUCCCGACGUGGAUAUGACGGAGGUGCUGAGCCGAAUGAGCGCUCAAAUCUACUGCCGCCUCCUGGCUUGAACACGAGUGAAUACUACGACAAGUCAAAUGCAUCUGAGUCUCGUGCUGGCUUAAGCAGCGAAAGCUCCCAACGCCGACAGAGCCGUCGUACGAAUUGGCCAAACGAAUUUCAGUCGGCUUCAACGGAACGCAGGGGAAAUACGACGGGAGCCAAAGAAAUGGAAUAUCUGACCGAGAAAGAAAGACGAAAGCUGAAUCGAAAGAAGAAGAAAAAGAAGAAGAAACACGAACGACACUCGAGAAAAGCUCGUGUGCAGAGUGGUUCCUCGGAGGAAGAAUCCAGCAGCUCUGUGUCGGCAUCAUCAGCGUCUUCUCACGAAUAUCAACGAUGGAUGAAGAAGCGUGCACGGAUGCUGGAGAAAGAAAGAUCUCGAUUGAUCAAGCAAUGGAGAGCUGAAGCAUUUGCGGAAGAACGGUCUACGCAGCAGCACAGUCGUUGGUACCGUCGUUUCAGCCGCUAUCAAAAAGAACAGUUUGGCGAAUGGGUCAGCCAGCUUUUCCGAUUCUUUAUUUGGCUAGAAUCCUUUGUUGCCAAUCUUCCGCUUACGAUUGGUGCAAUUGCUCUAGCAGUCGCCAACCUUGGUGUUGACUGGUUCAAAUUUGCUGAAGAAAACAUGGAUUCCUGCGAACCGGUGCACUUUCAUUCAUCUCAGUGCACAUUCCCCGAAUUUCCUGGUUGUUUUUAUUGCGACACUAGUGCUAGAAUGUACAAAGUUGCGCUGAAUUUCCAUUUUGCUUGUUCGAUUAUCGCAGGAGUCAUAGCGUCGACUUUUAUUGCCAAACUCAUUUUGGCCCGCCGUGUGGUAUUCGACGAACUGAGUUCUCCAACUACGGCAACACCAGCGGGUUUGCUUUGCAUGACUCUGAAUGUGGUUUUUGCCGGACGAGGACUGAUAGGACAGGUAGUGGUCUCGCUAGCUGGCUUUAUUCAUCUCUGUCUUGCAAUCUGGUUCAUUUACAUGGCGCUAGCAUACCGCAUCAUGCCUGAACCAAGUUGGUUCCCAAACACGGUUUCUAUUGGACUUUCGGCAGUGAAAAUAUGGUUGUACUAUCCAAUGGCUGGGCAUUUCCUUAUGGCGAUAUCCCUCUCGUUGAACUUUUUCUUUUUCCCGAUCAGUCUUAUUCGUGUUGCCAUGAAUAGAAAAAUUUCGGCAACAGUAGGGUGGAUGCAAAUGUCCGCCCCAAACAUAAGUCUUUAUGCAAUGACGCUCAUGGCCCAGCCUUCCUUUAAGGAAGAACACCCAGAUAUCAAUCGGUUUCAAGUAGUCCAUCGCAUGGUAUAUCUACCUUGCAUGCAUUUUUUCUUUGGCCUUUGCAUAGUGGGAAUGCUAGCUAGCGUCCACAGCUUGUUGGUUCGAUGGACUGAGUUCCGAAAGAUUCCAUUUUCUCCAGCUCAUGCUGCUUUUUGUGUUCCGACCUUAUCUCACGCGAACGCUAUCCAGGCGUACCGAGCAGCCGUCAAUUCAUUUUCAAAGGUGCCUGUUGGAAGUCCGUUUCGCAGCUUCCUUUAUGUUUACUGGGUCUUUGUUCUCAUAGCUGGAACGUUCCUGACACUUUGGAUUGCGACGAAAUUUAUGUGGAGCUUACCAGGUUGGACUCAUAUUGAUACGGCAGGCGAAAUGGAACCGCCAGCCCCAUACGAAACAGCCAUGACGUCAUCUAACCUAAUUACGACCGGAGAAAGCUUGGUGCAGCCGUUCAUCAGCCCAGCGAUUCUACAGGCCAAUGAAACGGGUGCUUUGGUAGUUUCCCGCGACCAAUAUGGAGCUCAAGUCUACCGACGAACGCGAAUGGUGACUGCGCUCGGUUUCGAACCGAUUAUGAACCAACUGCAAAUGGACGUAGAGCGCGAACUACUUUUGGACUGGGUCGGAAAGAAUCCUCCGCGACGGCGACACCGGACACUAAGCGUACCGGGAAUUGACUUUACAUACGGAGCCACGGGCGCUUUCGGUGCGGGCAACGCCGGUGUGUACGGAAUGGACGAGGGAACAGGGUCACCGUGGUUUUCUCGUCCGAGAGCGAACACCAGCUCUCCCAAUGUGAGUCAUCGGUAUACUUAA